UUGAUAUAUACACUCACUAGAUUAAGGUCGUUGGCUUUUAUUAAUCAACAAACUAUACUACUAGCAAAAAAGGAGAACGUAAUGAGUGAUAAAAAUCAAGACAAAAAUGGAUUAGGCGACUAUCCAGCUCAAACUCAGGGAUAUUAUAGUGCUGGUUAUACAGAAAAACCUAACCAACCACCGCCUUACGAUAGCAAUAUACAAGGGUAUGGUCAACCACAAGGUUAUGCACAGCCUCCGCAUCCACAGGGAUAUAGCCAACCACCUGGAUAUGCACAACCUCCACCUCCCCAAGGAUACAGUCAACCAGCUGGCUACCAACAAGUACCCCAAAGCUAUACACAACAAGGCUACCCACAAACACAACAUUAUGGAAACCAACCAGUGUAUGGAGGUCAAGGACAUAAUGUUAUUGUUGCACAGCCUGUGCCUGUAACUUCGGUAAUGACUACCUCACAGCCAAGACCAACCAACUGGUUAGUUCCAGCAAUCCUGACAUGUCUAUGCUGCUUCUGGCCAACUGGAAUAUGUGCUAUAUUAGCUGCUCGUAGUGCUAACCAAGCAGCUGAUGACGGUAACAUGCAAUUUGCUCAGGAAAAGGCAAUUAAAGCUAGGAAUUUGAUAAUCAUAACUGUUAUACUUGGUGCCGUAUGCCUUGCAGUAUUCAUAGUCUUGAGAGUAAUGGCAUACUCAUCGAGUUCCUCCUAUUAUGGCUAAUUAGGAAUUGAAGUAUCUCUGACCUCAAUGCAGCAUUAUAGACUAUAGUAAUUUUUGCAUUUACGUUUGUGUCAUGAAUUCCAGUACAUUGUAUUUUAUGACAGUAUAAUUUUGUAGUUGAACAUUUAGCAUUAUUAUAAAAUAUUAUUGUUUAAAUUAAUUUUAAAUGUUGAAGUUGUAAAGUUUUUGUCCAAUACAGUUUAAAAUAUGC